AUGGCAGGUUACCUGGCAGCUUUGGCUUUCUCUUCAAAGUCCCAGGGCCUGGCUGACACCACUGGGGAUUUCAGGGUUCGGAGGAUGCUUGAGGGCUGGUCCCGGGAAUGCCCAGUUAUGGCAGACAGCCGGAGGCCCCUUUCCCCCUCUGCUGUUCAGGGGGCUGUGGAGCAGUUUGCAGUGGUCUGCCGCUCUCCCUAUGAGGCUGCGCUCUUCCAUGCGGCCACGCUAGUCUUGUUUUUCGGGGCCUUCCGAGCUGGUGAGUUGCUGCCUAGGGGCCGGAAUAGCCCUGCCUGCAAGGUUAUGCAACUUGGUGACGUGGUCAUUGGACAAGACGUGGUGCAACUGCGCCUCCGUUUUUCCAAGACCGACCAGAGGGGCAGGGGGCAACUGGUAUCACUCCACAGGGCCACCAAUAUUCUUCUAUGCCCGGUGCGGGCCUUAAGUCAUUAUACAGCCCUCCGGGGAUCCGCACCUGGGUGCCUUUUCAUUCACCAGGACGGAUGCCCCCUCUCACAGUUCCAGUUUUGGACUGUUGCUUGUCGUGCGCUGACAGCGGCGGGGGUCGACACGGGGCAGCUUUCCCUUCAUUCAUUCCGCAUUGGUGCAGCUUCCACAGCUUCCCAACUGGGUCUUUCAGGUGAGACCAUCCAGCGCAUUGGGCGUUGGCGGUCUGCCACUUACAAGAGCGUGAUGACAAAAUUCUACCAGCAUCUCCUGGUCUUGGCAUUUGCCGUAAAGGAGAUCAAUGCAAGUCCCGAGAUUUUGCCCAACAUCACACUUGGAUUUCACAUCUAUGACACCUACAAUGAUGUGAAACUGACCUAUCGCAACAUGUUGGACCUGCUCUUCAAAUCUCAUCGAUUUGUCCCUAACUAUAAAUGUGACAGCCAGAAAAAUCUCAUAGCCCUCAUUGGGGCACUUGAUUUUGGGAACUCCUUCUACAUGGCAGACAUCUUUGGUCUUUACAAGAUUCCACAGCUCUCUUAUGGCUCAUUUGCUCCAGAAGAGAAUGCUGUAACACAGACUUCCUCUUUUUACCGCACAGUCCCAAAUGAGACCUAUCAGUAUGGGGGGAUUAUCCAGUUACUUCAGCAUUUUGGAUGGACUUGGAUUGGUCUGUUUGUUGCAGAUGACGAGAGUGGAGAUGGCUUCUUACGGGUCCUGGAGCCUUUGCUUGCCCAGAGUAGAAUCUGUUCAGCUUUCACAGAAAGAAUCCCACACCAAAGUCAUCUCCCUGACACUGAUGCUAUUAAGAGCAUGGCUGAGAAUAUUCCACAGUGUCUUAUGGAUGAGAAAGCCAGAAUAAUUGUUCUCUAUGGUGAAACAGCAGUCCUGCUGUGGCUGCUGAUGUAUAUUUUUGCAGCAAGUGUUGAUUAUAAAGAAGACACAGCUAGUGGGAAGGUGUGGAUUACGACAGCCCAGACUGAAUUUUUAAUGCUGGCGAUUUCUAGAGGUUGGGAUUUUGAAAUAUUUGAAGGUGCCAUUUCUUUUGCAAUUCACUCAAAUGAACCUUGGGGUUUCCAGGCAUAUCUUCAGGACAUAAGAUGUUCUUGGACACAAGGAGACCGCUUUCGCAAAGUCUUCUGUGAGCAUGCUUUUGGAUGCACAUUUCCCACUCCCAGUACAUCAACAGAGAAUGAUGAAACAUGUACUUUGGAAGAGAAGCUGGAGAGCCUCCCUGGGUGUAUUUUUGAAAUGAGCAUUUCUGGUCACAGCUAUGGUAUCUAUAAUGCUGUUUUUUCUGUGGCACAUGCUCUGCAUGAAAUGUACUUAUCCAGAUCCAAUCACAGGGCAAAGGUUGGGGAUGAAAUGCUUGGACUUGAAGGUGUCCAGCCCUGGCAGCUACACCAAUAUCUUCAAAACAUUUCCUUCAACAACUCAGCUGGAGAAAGAAUGUCUUUCAAUGAGAAGAGGGAAAUGGUAACUGGAUUUGAUUUCCUAAACGUGCACUUUCUUCCAAACAGUUCCUUGAAAAAAGUGAAAACUGGAAUUGUAGACCCCAAUGCUCUUGAAGGAAAACAAUUUGUAAUAGAGGAGGAUAAAAUUGUGUGGCACAGACAUUUUAACCAGGUACUGCCCCUUUCUGUGUGUACUGACUCCUGCCAGCCUGGGUUUCAAAAGAAAAAGAGAGAAAGAGAGAAAUUUUGCUGCUAUGAAUGUGCUCCAUGCCCUGAAGGGAAGAUUUCAGCAGAGAAGGACAUGCCUGAGUGUUUUGCAUGCCCAGAGGAUGAAUAUCCAAACAAGGAGAAAAAUGGAUGUCUCCCCAAAGUGAUAAACUUUCUGUCAUAUGAAGAACCUUUAGGGAUCUGUUUAGCCUCUGUGGCUGUCUCUUUUUCCCUGAUCACAGUCUUGGUGCUAGCAACUUUUAUCAAGCACAAAGAUACCCCCAUAGUCAAAGCCAACAACCGGGAUAUCACCUACACUCUCCUCCUCUCCCUGCUGCUCUGCUUCCUCUCUUCUUUUCUAUUUCUUGGGAAACGGACAAAAGGAACCUGCUUUCUCCAACAGUCUGCAUUUGGCAUCAUCUUCUCACUGGCCAUUUCAUGUGUGUUGGCCAAAACCAUCACUGUGGUUGUAGCUUUCAUGGCCACCAAACCCAGUUCGAGCAUGAGGAAGUGGGUGGGAAAAAUGCUGGCCAACUCCAUUGUUCUUUCCUGCACCCUUAUUCAAAUAGGCAUUUGUGGAGUGUGGCUGGGAACAUCACCACCGUUCCCAGAUCUGGACAAGCAAUCUGUGACUGGAGAAAUCAUAGCAGAAUGUAAUGAAGGUUCCGUCAUCAUGUUUUAUCUUGUCUUGGGCUACAUGGGAUUUCUGUCCAUCAUCAGCUUCACGGUGGCUUUCUUAGCUAGGAAGUUGCCUGACAGUUUUAACGAAGCCAAGUUCAUCACCUUCAGUAUGCUGAUGUUUUGUAGUGUUUGGUUGUCUUUUGUCCCAGCCUAUCUGAGCAGCAAAGGAAAAGCCAUGGUCGCUGAAGAGAUCUUCUCCAUCUUAGCCUCCAGUGCUGGGUUACUGGCUUGUAUCUUUUUUCCUAAAUGCUACAUUAUUUUGCUGAGACCUGACCUGAACAGCAGAAAACACCUAAUAAAGAGAAAUAAUUAA